AUGCCACCGAAGCCGUCUGCUAAGGGAGCGAAGAAGUCCGUGAAGAACCAGAAACCUGGACGAUCGACCGAUAAGAAGAGAAGGAGCAGAAGGGAGAGUUACUCGGUCUACAUCUACCGUGUACUGAAGCAAGUUCAUCCCGAUACCGGCGUUUCCUCAAGGGCGAUGUCGAUCAUGAAUUCAUUCGUGAAUGACGUCUUCGAACGCAUCGCUGCCGAGGCCUCUCGUCUUGCUCACUACAACAAGAGGACAACCAUCUCUUCUCGUGAGAUUCAGACUGCUGUUCGUCUGAUUCUGCCAGGGGAACUGGCCAAACAUGCUGUGUCCGAAGGCACGAAGGCUGUCACAAAGUACACUUCUAGCAAAUAA